ACUUAUUUAUUAUUAAAACUAGUGUACUUUUGGAAUGUAGCAUAAGAUGUUUAUUAUAAGCAUAUACUUGUAUAAAAUGGUUGUACAAUUUCUGUCUUAAAUCUCCAUAUUAUUAGACAGCUAAACUAAAUUUGAAAAACACUAUCAUUACAGUCUAGAAAAAAGACAUGGCUGCAACCCAUGGAGUGCCGGCAGCAAUGGUUGGUGAUAAGAAAAAGCAAGCUACUUUCGAGGAGCUGAUAGCGGCUGGAAGGGAGAUAGCAGCUUUGGAACCAAAGGUUGAUGCACAUGAAGAAGCUAUUACUCGCGGUUUCAUUGUAAAUCAUCAUAAGAAGUUCGCCCCUUUGAAGUUAUAUGAUCAACAUAACUGGUCUGGAAGGCCAGUGCCGAGCUACCCCGAGGUUGUUGUAUAUCAGCAGCUAGACCCGCCGAUUCCAUUCAAGCACCAAGGGCCUCUUCCACAAGGGUCCAGGGGAGGAGUGGUCUAUGCUGAUGGUGUAGACUCCACUGCUCGAAAAUGGCUCGUAGCUUUUGACCUUUUAAAACAGAAGGUUUACGUAGAAGCUGGGCCAAUAGGACCCAUUGAUUGGAAUGUAGUCGAAGUCAAACUUCAAGCAUCCGGAGAUCAUAAAUAUUACGAGGACCCAGUUUUUGGGGGCAAAGCUGAAGCAAGAAACGACGGUGAUAUUGUCUUUGCAGUGUUCUCUAAUUAGGAUUACCUUGCUAAAAAGUUGUUGUAUGGACUAGCUCAAGCCUAAGGUCACGCUAUAAUUAAGCAUUUUAUAAUAAGCUACUAGUAAUCAAUAACAUAAUACUAAAAUAGACAUCAGGAAUGACACUUGUCACUUCCCGAUGCGUGGUACAGGACUUAAGUUCAUAAUAAAGUCUUCUUAAUUGUGAUACAUAUUUGUGCUAUAAAUAAAAUUGUAAUAAUGUUAUGUUUCGUUGUUAUUUUAUGAAUGUUUUUUUUAGGGGAUUUAAUGAAUGUUAUUAUCCUUAAAUAAAUG